AUGUCAUAGCAAUAAUAAUAGUCAGUAUUAACUAGCUAGUUAGAAUUAACUUGCUAAUUAGAAAAUCAUCAAAGCAUAAUAAAAUAUGUUUGUUUAGAUUAAAAUUGCUCUUUAUAACGAUUGAUUUGUGAUAAGUGUUUAUAAUUUGAAAUUCAUAAACAUCAUUAAAAAUAAUUAAACCUUAAAGAAGUUGGACUCCAUUUAGACAAACAGAUCUUAUAAAAUUAGGAAUUAGAAAAAUAUUUAGAGUCCCUAUCUAUUUCUAUACCAGAAUUAAUUUAACAAUUAAAGCAAGUUAUUCAUCAAUAAAAUUCUAUAAAAUUCACAUUAUCACCUCAAAAUAAUUAAUUGCUCAAUAAAAUUGUAAAAUUCGAAAAAAUAUCUAACCAUAUCGCAACCACCAUGAAAAAUAUUAGCGACACAUAUGUAGGAUAAAUCAAAAAAUUAAUUGAAUUUGUUAAUGCUUAUCAAGAGAAUAGCUCAAAUUUAUAAAAAAUUGAAGAUAUAAAUAAUCAAAUAGAUAAAAAAUAAUAUGAGAGUAUCGGAAGUAACAUUACAAAUGUUGAAUCAAUAAGGAGUAUAUAAGAAAUUAAUAAAAAUAUUGAAUUUACAUAAGAAGGAAAGUGUUCUAUUGAUCAUUAUAUAUAAUUAGGUUAAAAAUAAAAUUAAAAUUUUUAGCUGAAUCAUUAAAAAUUUAAGAAAAGUAUGAAGAAUCAAUUACUAAUUACAAUAAGGCUUUAGAAUUUGAUCAAAAAAAUUUAAUCUGUUGGAGAGGAAUAGGAGAUUGCUUAAGAUUGAUAUAAGAGUUCUUAGAGGCUAUUCCAUAUUAUGACAAAGCUUUGUAUUUUGAGAAAAAUGAUAUCCCAUCAUUAAUUGGAAAAGGUAAGAAAAUCAUAAAAUUUUUAGGUGAAUGCUUAAGAAUGCUUUUAGAAUAUGAAGAAUCCAAAAAAUGUUAUGAGAAAGUAGUCAAUAUUGAUGAAAAGAAUAUAGUAUCUCGUGUAGGAUUAGGUUUUUAUUAAAUUAUAUUUAAGGUGAAUGCUUAAGGCAUAUGGGGUCAUUUUUAGAAGCUAUUGGAUAAUACGAUAAAGCUUUGGAAAUGGAUUAGAAAAACAUAAUCUCCUUAUAUGGAAAAGGUAAUUUAAUAAAUGAAUUAUCUUAGGGUAUUGCUUAAGAAAUAUUUAUAAUUAUUAAUAAGCUGAUGAUUGUUACAUUAAAGUUCUUGAAAUUAAUCCAAAUCAUAGAGACUCAAAAAAAGAACAUGGUUCCAAAAUGAUAUUAAAUUUUAGAUUUAUGUUUAGCUGAGUUGAAGAAAAAUAAGAAGCUUUAUUAAACUUAGGUUGAUCAAAAUACAGAUGAAAAAUAAGAAAAUUUCAUUUAAAUAGAUAUUCUUUCAAAUAGAGGUAAAUAACACAUUAUAAAAUAGGAGGGGAAAAAGUCUAUCAUCUUUCAAAUUGUAGAGUUCCUAAUUAAGAAUCUAAAAACGAAUUUUUUAAAUCAUUCUAAUAGUUGCCAAAUAAUCCUACCAAAAUAAUCAAACGUUCUGAUUCUUUCGAUAGAAAAUUAGUUCGAGAUUAUUGUAAUAGAGGUAAGUUAUAUAUUGUAAUACAUAGCUGAUACUUUAAAAAAAAUGGAAAUUAUGAAGAAGCAUUAAAAUUAUAUGAAUAAGCUCUUGAAAAGGACCCAAAAGAUAUUCAAUCAUUAAAUGGUAAAGGAAAUUGUUUAAGAUUGUUGCUUAAAUUUGGUGAAUCUUUGUAAACUUUAGAAACAGCUUUAAAAUUAAAUAGAAAUAGUAUCUCAUUAUAUGGAGCAGGUUAAAUAAUAAAUAUUUUUAUAGGAGAAUGUUUAAGAAUGUUAAAACAAUUUAAAGAUGCUGAAGAAUUCUAUAUGGAAUCCUUGACAAAAGCUAAGGAAGAAUCUUAAAGUUAAGAUCCGAUUAUCUUUAUGAAUUUAAGAGGAUUAGGUUAAUUUCUUUUAUUAAAUUAGGUGACAUUUUAAGAGCAAAAGGAGAAUUUCAAAAAUCAAUAAAUUUUUAUGAUUAAGCUUUGGCUUUAAGAAUCACGCUUUAUCAUUAUUUGGAAAAGGUUUAUUUAUUCUUUAUUUUUUAGCUGAAAGUCUAAGAGGCUUAGGAAAAUAUGAAGAUUCAAUUAUUUAUUAUAAGAAAUCAUUAGAAAUAAAUAAGAAUGACUUAAUUUCAUUAUCUGGAUUAGGUAUAAUAUUAUCUAAAAUUUUAGGAGAAAGCUUACGAAUUUUAAAGAAUUAUUCAGAAGCUUAGAGUUAUUAUGAAAAAGCACUUUAGAUUGAUAAAAAUAGAGUGGUUUGUUUACUAGGAUUAAGUAAGUUGAAAAUUUUAUUUAAGGUUAAUGUUUAAGGAAGUAAUUAUAGCCAAAAGAAGCAUUAGAAUUAAUUGAUCGAGUAUUAAAAUUUAACCCUUCUGACGAAAAAUGCUAAAAUCUUAAAAGUUAUUUUAUCAUUUGAUUUAUUAGAAAUAUGUUUAAAAGAGAUUAAGAUAUUAGAAGAAGCUUCGAAUAAUUAAGGAAAAAAUUAAUGA